CAAGCGGCCGAUUCGAGGGCAACCGCAAAUGCUGCUGGAUCCCGGCCACGGAUAAAUCUCACCAUGCCGGUCUACGUGGCGCCACAGCAACACACGCCGGCGAAAUAUUCGCCGGCCCAUUACUUCCAGCAGCUGCACCAGCAACAGCAUCAGAUGCUCCAGAAUCCACUCUACCAGCCGGGCGCUCCAGUAACGCCCGGCUCACCGACAAGAAUUUCGCUCGGAGCCGACGGUACGGUGACGGAACAGCCCGACUACACCGACUACUACUCGAUGUACCCGGCCAAAGCGGGCGAGUUUAUGUUCAAGCAGUUUGAAGGCUUCCGAGACUUUACGGUCAACACGGCCAAGUCUGGGUUGGGUGUGGGGGAAAAAUCCGUCUUCUGGAUGUACACCAAAAUCACCAAGUGGUCCCGGAACUGGUUCACGCAUUUCUUUCUCUUCCUGAUACUGUUCCUGUACUCGGUGGCCGGUGCGGCUCUGUUUAUCGCUGUUGAAGGUGAGGCCGAUAAUCUGGCGGAUGUGUCUAACAAUGAUUUCAACGGUCCUGCUAAUACUACUGCUGCUGCUGUUGCUGCUGCUCUUAAUGCUAGCGUCUCUGGAACGCAUGAAAAAAAGAUGGAAACUAACGUAAACCAUGCGAAACGCAUGCUGGCGAAAAACCUACGCAUUCUGGCACUGGAUCGCGAGAAACUGGAGAAUCCGGAUCCGGACAUCUGGGAAGGACGGGCGAUCAAUCUGGUCGAGGAGUACAGUGCGGUGCUGUAUCAGUCGUACAAGGAAGGAUCGUUUGAAAACAAACAGAAUAAAAAGACCUGGUCCUUCUGGAAUGCUGUCUUCUACUGUGGUACAAUUUACACGACUAUCGGUGAGUAA